AUUAAGUAUUAUUUCUGUGUUUAAAUUGAAAAUUAAAGAGGUUUUAAAACACAUUUUCGUAAGCUUUUCUUAAGAUUCAUGGAAAGGCAUGUAUUGUGUACAAGUAUAUGAAUCCUCAGGGGAUUUUCGCUCUGUUGAAAUCACUCACAGCAUCGAGAUGGAGUUCGAGGACGCCAUUACAGAAACACGGAAUCAAGAUUCUGCACCAGAAAGCCAUCACCAUGGGCUUGCAGAGCAGCAUCCCAUUAUCAAAGGGCCUCAUGGAUCUGUACUGUUCUUCCCAAGAUUUCCGAUCCGCGAAGCUGGUUUUCCUGAAUCUGAAGAACCCUCUUGAUAUCACUCUAUGGAACGGGCUCAUGGCGGCUUACACGGGUCAAUCCGUCUUCACCGAAGCUCUUGAGAUUUUUCGCAGGUUAUUACUCUUAUCCCCUUAUCUCAAGCCUGAUGGGUACACUUAUCCCAGUGUUCUCAAGGCGUGUGGCGGUCUGGGAUGCGGCGGCGCGGUGUACGGAAGGAGUGUCCACGGCCGCGUGAUCAAGACUGGGUUUUUGUCUGAUGUUGUUGUGGCGAGCUCUGUGGUGGGAAUGUAUGCCAAAGGGGGAGACUUUGGAGCUGCCACUGAGGUGUUCGAUGAAAUUCCCCUGAGAGAUGUGGCUUGCUGGAACACUCUUAUUUCAUCGUAUUACCAGGCUGGGGAAUGGGACAAGGCUUUGGAGCUGUUUGAGAAGAUGAAGGAGUCUGGGUACAGGCCGAAUUCCGUGUCGUACACGGCUGCCGUAUCUUCUUGUGCUAGGCUUCUUGAUUUGGAUAGGGGGGAGAAGAUCUACGAGGACCUGGCUAAUGACGGGUUUGCCCUUGACGGGUUCGUUGCCUCUGCUCUUGUUGACAUGUAUGGGAAAUGUGGUCAUAUGGAGAAGGCAGAGGAAGUGUUCACGCGAAUCCCAAACAAGACUUUGGUUUCUUGGAAUGCCUUGAUUUCGGGUUACAGUUUGAAAGGGGACAGUGAAUCUUGUUGUUGCCUUCUGCAGAGGAUGAAUGGCGAAGAUAUGAAACCUUCUUUGACAACCUUGAGCAGCUUGCUAUCGGCUUGUUCCAGAUCAGCCCAGCUGUGUCACGGGAAAUUUGUUCACGCUUACAUCAUCCGACACAGAAUAGACACCGACGCAUUUCUUCAAUGCACACUAAUCGAUCUAUACCUCAAAUGUGGAAGCGUCGAGGCUGCCAAACAAGUCUUCAGCACAACCCCAAAAGGGGAUGUAACCCCAUGGAACACAAUGAUCUCCGGGUUCGUAUCGUCUGGAAAUUACUUGGAGGCCCUUGGCAUCUACAGUGACAUGAAGUCGGCGGGACCCAUAAAACCGGACGCGAUUACUUUCACUAGUGUAUUGGUGGCUUGUUCACAAUUAGCUGCACUAGAGAAAGGGAGAGAAGUUCACAAGAGCAUUGUUGAACAAAAGUUGGACUCAAGUGAAAUAGUCAUGGGAGCACUCCUUGAUAUGUAUGCAAAGUGUGGCGCCGUGAAUGAAGCUCUUGAAGUGUUCCACCAUCUUCCUCAGAGAGACAUUGUAUCGUGGACCUCUAUGAUCGUGGCUUAUGGGUCCCACGGCCGAGCUGUUGAAGCUUUAUGCCUCUUCAAUGAAAUGCUCCAACAGCCUGAUGUUAAACCGGACAAAGUCACAUUCCUUGCAGUGGUUUCAGCUUGCAGCCACGCGGGAUUAGUUGACGAGGGUUGCCACUAUUUUAACCUAAUGGUAAAUAGUCAUGGACUCAAACCCGAGAUUGAAGACUAUUCUUGUCUCCUGGAUCUUCUAGGACGUUCCGGAAGAUUGAAAGAAGCGUACGGAAUUCUCCAGAGAUCACCUUCCAUGAGAGAGGAUGUUUCGAUGCUAAGCACAUUGUUUUCUGCUUGCCACAUGCAUAGGGAAGAAGAAGAAGAAGGCAUUGGGGAGGAAGUUGCAGAACUUCUUAUACAGAAAGGCUGUGAUGAUCCCUCAACUUGUGUGGUUAUGGCAAACAUGUUUGCAAGUAGGAAACAAUGGGGCGAAGUGUUGGACAUAAGAAUGAAGAUGAGAGAGCUUGGGUUGAGGAAAAACCCUGGUUGUAGCUGGAUUGAGGUUGACAAGAGAAUACACACAUUCUUUGCUGAUGACCAAUCAUUUCCCGCAGUGGAAAUGGUGUAUGAGUUUCUGAACAGAAUAAACAGUCAUAUUGACGCACAUGAAAUACUUACUGAUUUGUAGUGUUUGUGAUUGUUUUUUUAUUUUAUUUUUUUUUUUGAAAAACCUUGUUAUUUUGACACAAAGGGCUAGUGCCAUAAUACGUCACUAGCCCAAUUUGAAGCCUUUACGGUGCUUCGUUCGAUUCAAAAGCUAUUUCUACUCAUAAUGCCUUCUAAACCCGUCCACCUCAGCCCUACCCCAACGGACCUUCGCCCUGUUGCACCCGAGUUGCACCGUAAGUCUUUCAAAUUAUACUAUUGUCAUAUAUACUAGGCCUUGGUGCCAAAAUAAUCGAACUGCAUUUGA